AUGUCUACAGGCCAAUUCGUCCCAAUCGGUCAUUCUCCGUGCACAUGCUUGCCUCUUCGUCCGGUCGGGGUCAGAGGUCAGUCGGGACUCCGACGGCCUCCGAGACGCCCCCUGUGGCCUCAACUGAGCUCGGACGGACGAGCUUUUCCUCUGACCAGCUGCAGGCCACCCUCUGGCCGAGAGCAUUGUUCCCGGUCCCGGUCCCGGUCCCGGCCCGAGACGGCAGCACCUUCAAGUGGACAAUUUGAUACAAAAUCACGAAAGGUCAGACCGGACGAGCCCAACCGAAAUGGCCUGUCGGGCCUGCAAGUGAGCAAACAACCGCCGCGACUGGCCUCCUCUUUUCUGGCCCAGUCUCGUCACCUGCAAGCCAUCCAGUCCGUCCAAACCAAUUGGCGACCUCUUCACGUACCAUCACCGUUCACUGUCAACCGCAUUCACCUCUUCUCCGAAGCCGCGACAUUCGUCCUCCUCACUGACAGUCGUCGGUCCGUCGGUCCGUCGGUUUGUCCCGCUUUUUAUCUCUUCGCAACCGUUAUUCGUCGGUCUGUAUGUCUCUGUGCGUGUAUGUAUGUAUCUGUCUGUUUGUCUGUGUCUUUCUGUCUGUGGACAUCUACUCAUUCGAUUAAAAGUAGUAACAUUUACGCCAAAGGCAAAAACAGGCUUGGCUUUUUUUCCAAUUUGACAAGCUCUGGCUUUUCUCCAGAAGCACACGGCUCGGUUUAA